AUGCCGACCUUGCGGCGGAGGCAAUCCUCGCCACUGUGUGUGGCAGUCCUGCUGUGCGUGGUGGCCGCAUGCGACUUCGUGUUUGGCCUCAACUUGCUCUUCACGGCUCCUGCCGCACAGGUUUCAGUCCGAAGGCAAGCAGCUACCGGCCCAUCACCUGUCAGUCUGCGGGCGCGAGAAGUUGAUGAAGAGGAAGUGCUGUUCAAUUUCAACAAGAAGAAGAAAGGCUACGACCCCAACUGGGAGCGACCCUUCCCGCGGUACAUCGUCGGUGGCGGCAUCUUCUUGACCAUCGUCGGCUUUUUCGGUGGUGGGCCAACACUUGCUGCGGUCUGGGGCCUCUGCGGGGCGGGCUUCGGGUGCCUGCUCGAGCCUUGGCAGACUCCAGACGGUGAGAUCAGCGGUCUCUACUUCGAGGAAGAUGACGAAUGA